UCCUAAUCUUGACACAUGAUGCAGGGUCACAUGGAUUUAAAGUUACUUAUGCUUGUUUUAAAUCAGCCGUCAUGACCCUGUCUCCAAAUCUAAACGCCACUGUCAACAUUUCACAACAUUUCCCCAAAUAGAUUUUAUUGCACAAUCAAGAAAGGGACUUUUGAAAGGCUUUGUCCACAGAUGAGCGGUCAUGCUUAUAAGCCAGAGCAAACAGAUGUCACGAUCACAGCCUGAAGCAGGGCAAUGACAUCAACAGGUAUCAUAGCAACCCUCUAAUCUGCUCUAUCAGCAGAGCGAAUGGACAGCACACAGACAAUACCCACUGGCUUAAACCUUGUCUAUUCAUCACAUGAGGUGGAUUAAUGCUUACACAAAGACACAGGAAAAUGAGCUUAUGUCAGUCUUAUUUCUGCAGAAUUAAAGGGGCACAUAUUAAAGUUUUGUAUCAGAUGUAUCUGCAUCUGUCAGAGCUAUAAAACAUUAUGUAGUGAAGUUUUAGACUGUGAGAGAGUGACUAAGUGUGUGAGGCGGUGAGCAGCCCUGUGUGAGGCUGAACACACACCGUAGGGAGGUUGUGUACUCACCAUGUUUGCAGAAUGUUUUCAGCUCCAGGUUCCUGUUGCACAGAUCUGCUGUGGUAGCCAGUGGGAGGUCCUGCAGUGCUUAGCUGUCUCUGCAGAAGCCUGAGCAGAAAUCCUCACUACUGAUAGGCUACUCAGCCACAUGUCAACAUGGGUUUAAUCAUAAACUGUCAUCUGUUGCACAAAGGCAUGCGUGAGGCCAGCUAUUGUAGCAGCAAUGACAUUUCCCCCCUUUUACCCUCUUUAAUUAUCUAUUCUAUAUUGUAUAUGCACAUAUUAAAACAUGAACUUCAGAAUAAAAGCACACUAUGUCUCUGUUCAACAGGGCUUCAGAUUUUAAUGCAAGCGCUGCUCUAAAGCUGGCUGGAGUUCAUGUCAAAGGUUAAUGAGCUGCUCCUGCGAGAUUGCCCCGGUGAACUCAUCUGUCACGGCAGGGCGCUCAGGGGAAAUGAACUGGUUAAUGAAAUGAGGAGAGGGAGAGGAUGUGACAAGUGAUCAACGUUUAACAGUCGGCUGGUUGGGGAAAUGAGAAUGGUGCUUUCAGUGUUUUGGUUAGAAAGGAAGGUUACGAUUUAAGAACAAAACCAUUAGAUUGGAGUCAAAUGGUUGUAUAAAUUGUGUUUGGAAAUGGAGCUUAUCCCUCUGAUUUCUACAUUAAUACACACACUUACUCAUAUACGCUUUUUAAACUGGUGAAGUGUCUGUUUUCAUCAUUAAUUCUUAUAUUACUCAUCAUUUCUACAACAAAAUAGCAGACUUAUUUAACCCCAAACGUGAUUCCAAACAUAUGCACUGCAAACCAGUUUAAAGGAACCACCAACCACGCAUGCAUGCUGACCUUUGACCGCUUUUUAUAUUGGUGUGAGUGUUAUAAAGAUGAGCAGUGGAAGUGGCUGUUUUCAAGUAGCAACAUGGAGCACCAGAGACCGCUACAAGCAAGUCUAACUUUGUUAAUCCUUGUAACCAGCAGCUAUGGAGGGCACUUGAAAUCAGGGCCCACUCUGAAAAUGGACCAGGCUAUGUUAACAUUUCAUAACCAGCUGACAGAAGAAGUGCAGGUCUUCUACACGUCAGAUUACUGCUACAAGUGUGUGCCGCAGCAUUUGGUCACUGUGAAGCCCAUCAACAACAAUGCAUCUGCGGUGAUCAGCACUAAAUUCACUCUGACUCUGCGAGUGGAACUGACCAGGAAUGCAACUCUUUGCGGGUGGAGUCAGACGUAUAGAGAAGGAGGUCAUUACUCUGUUUGGAUCCAGAUGUCCGAGGCCGCCAGUAACCCCAGCUGCACUGCCGCCGUCGAUAAAAGACCAAACAACGCAUACCUGCCUCUUGUGGUGGCAGCUCUCUUACUGGCCGUAAUCGCUCUCUUAUGCGUUGUGGCGCCCUCCAUCUACAGGAGGCGCUGUACAUCAACAUUUAUUAAGACCCUUUGCUGCCAAGGCCCGCAGUACUCCGUGGAUAAUGACGAAGCACAGGCUGGUGAAGCUGAGCACAGUACCGCUAAAGCUAAACCAACACGUCUGCACUCACUGGACACUUUACGAGGGUUUGCCCUGACAGUGAUGGUGUUUGUGAACUAUGGCGGAGGAGGCUACUGGUUCUUUCAACAUGCACCAUGGAAUGGUCUAACUGUGGCAGAUCUUGUCAUGCCAUGGUUUGUGUUUAUUAUUGGGACUUCAGUGGUGUUGGCUUUCAGAUCCAUGCAGAGGAGAGGAGUUAGCCGCCUGCAGAUGCUGCGCAAAAUGACCUGGAGAACAGCCGUCCUCCUGUUGCUCGGCUUCUGCUUCCUCAACUACUCUCCCAGAGACGGACCACUGUCCUGGUCCUGGCUGAGGAUCCCUGGGGUGCUGCAGCGUCUGGGCUUCACCUACUUUGCUCUGUCUCUCCUGCAGACUUUCUGGGGCCAGAAAGAAAUCCCACUGAGAGCAAAUCACUGGUGGAACCCCGUCCAGGAUGUGAUCCUUUAUUGGCCACAGUGGCUGAUUAUCAUCCUGCUGGAGACUCUGUGGCUCUGCAUCACUUUGCUCAUGCCCGUACCCAACUGCCCCACAGGGUAUUUGGGAGCUGGUGGAAUCGGUGAUAACGGUCUUUACCCAAACUGCACUGGAGGCGCAGCAGGAUACGUUGAUAGAUGGAUGUUUGGUGAUAACAUGUACAGAUACCCCACAUGCAAAGAAAUGUAUCACACCACGCAGCCCUUUGACCCAGAGGGGCUUCUGGGUACAAUCAACUCCAUUGUCAUGGGAUUCAUGGGGAUGCAGGCAGGGAAAAUUAUCGUUUUCUACAAGGGAAUGAACGUCCACAUCCUCUGUCGAUUCGUAGUGUGGGCCGUCAUCCUGGGAAUCUCUGCAGCCAUCCUUUCUAAGUGCAUGCGAGAUGGAGGAUUUAUACCUGUCAAUAAAAACCUAUGGUCGUUGUCCUACGUGAUGUGUAUGGGCUGUUUCUCCUUCCUGCUGCUGGGAGGCAUGUACUUUGUCACUGAUAUCAAGGGCUGGUGGGGCGGACAGCCAUUCAUAUACCCAGGGAUGAACUCCAUCUUUGUAUACGUUGGCCACUCUCUCCUGGGUUUCUACUUCCCGUUCAGCUGGGAGAUGCGCUUCCAGGAGAGCCACUGGGAGUGGCUCUUCCAAAGCCUGUGGGCAACGUCACUGUGGGUGCUCAUCGCUUACCUGCUGUACAGGAAGAAAUUCUUCCUCAAAAUAUAAACCAGGAUGAUCUUCUGUCCCUUUUUCAUUCUGUAGAUGCCAUUAUCUUAUUUUUUUAAUUCUAAGCAAACACUAUUCAUGGUAAGGUUUAUAGAUUAUUAUAACAUCUGUGGGGGAAAAUCUGGCCUACUGUUCUUGGCUUAAUCAGUUUAGUUUACUUUUCAGUGAUGUACAACCUACCCACGUACAUUUGAAUGAAUUGUACUGAUGCUAAUAUCCAAACCAUCUGAUAAAGCAAGCAGCUCAGAGGAAAAGUUUUUAUCUAACACAAGCAAAAAAAGUAUUAUAAUAUUCAUCUAUGAAACCCAAUAAAUCAGCACUUAGUUUAUAAAGAAGAUGUGUGAUCCACUGUCUGUGUGGGCAGCUGAGAAUUUAUUUGAUGCCACUUGUUUUGUGCACUGAAUAGACUGAUUAAAUCAAAUGUACUGAGGUGGUACUUAACAAAUUAGGCCGAGUGAUUCCACUACACACCAGGCCAGCCAUUAUGAGUCUGUUGCCAUGGCCACUCCUUCUCCUCCUGUGUGUGUGCGCGGAUACCAUCUGCUGUCCGAGUGACAGUGCUUUAAUAGGGGUCAAGAUGCACAGCUCACAAAGGAGUGUCAUUAAUGGGACCGACACCUCUUGCACUCAUUGUAUUAGAAAAUCAGGGAAAUUACACAAAUCCAAUUCAUCAGAGAACAACGACGAGCCCCCUCAAAGAGCCUGAGCCCGUUACAGGUUUUACAUAUUAAACACAUAAUAGGGUUUAUUUUUAGAUUUUGAUUAUAAUAUUUCCACAUGGUUGAUCAUCUGGUUGAGUGAUUUAUUGAUGUUUUUGUACACAUGACGGUAUUGAACACGCUCAGAUCAGCGUGCCCUCAGCAUCAGGUCAGGUGGUGUGUACAUCAUGAAAUGACCAUCUAGUUAAUGAAAUGAAACGGCAUCGUGCUCUUCUUCCAGAGUGAAAUCAUAUUACACACUGCUCAGGAGCUGUAAUAACAUCAUUGCGUAACAUGGUGUAGUGGUUUUGGUUAAUUGUCUUUUGAACAGAAGUUGUUGUUUCAAUCCCUGUAGGUGCAUCCUGCCUUCUUGAACAGGACUCAAGUCCUUAAUUGCUUUCCCAAACUACCGUGCCAGCGAUGGAAAUGCAUAGCUGCAUUUUCUUGAGAUGAAAAUGAAAUCAAUACAGACUCACCACAGAGGUCUAAAGAUAUCUUUUGUGUGUUUGCUAGCAUUGUAUUUAAAUAUAAGCAUUUAGCUGACUCACUCUGAGCGACUUACAGGAACUGCAACAGCAUAAUGAGCACAAACUCUAUUAGAAAGAUCACAAAAAGCUGUUAAUAAAGAUCAAAAGGGUCAAAAUAAAAGAUGUCUAGACUGUGGAGAUGAUGUAUAUUCUGCUCAUGUUUCAGAUUGAAUUUCUGCUGAACUCAUGCUACAGAAACAUAGUUGGAAAAAGAUGCCCAUUGUGGUUUCACAUACCAUGACUACACCACAACAUUUCCUUGUCUUUAUUGAUUCUCAUAUGUCUCGGGAUACCUAUAGUCUGUCUUAUGGAAACUUUAUCCCAGAUACAAUGUUGUCAUGCAGACCGCUCAGCUUCUUAUAUCACAUAAUGAUCCACACACUCUCCCUUGAUACAGCAAGCAGCAUUUAAUGUACAUUCAUCCUCCUAUAUAGUGUAAGUAAACAUUUGAGUACAGUAUCUGUUGACAUAUUGAACAUGAUAUCUGGAAGAAAGUGACACAUUUCUUGGUUGUUUUUAAGCAAUAACUUUAUUUUACAUUGAUAUAUUGGAUUUAGAUAUAUGUUUAUUGUAUAAGAGUGAAAGUUAAAUCAGUGGUGUGUGGCUGAGUACCAAAAAAACUGAAUGUAAUAGCUAAUCUGGAUAUUAUUAGGAUGUCAACAUGUACUUUCAGUAUAACAGUAGGUCUACACAUGUAAGUAUACACAUCAUUUUUUCUUUUCUCUAUGGUUUCUUCUAUUAUUUUCUUUUUUUGUAGCCGAUAUGAUGCAAACAAAUGAGACAAAUUGAGUAAAGCAAAGACAGCAGGUGCAACUUUAAUAGCAGUGUUUUGGUGAAAAUUGCUGGAGCUCCUAAGAAGCCCUGCUGUCCCCUUUGCAGCCCAGUGAGCUCCAGUGUUUCGGCUCCAUGCAGAGACACAUUGAUUGGAGAGUGAUUUCUGUGAGAGUGACUGGUGUCCUGCCCUGAGGCUGCAGCAAUGCAUCACUUCACACAACACCCAUCCAGCCUUUAGCCUGGGACUCGAGACCUGAGAUAAGAGAGGGAAAAAAAGGUCCCACUGAGUUUGACCAGCUGCUCUUACAGUAGUUAGGUGAUUUUUUUUUUUCUUGCACUUAAAAGUAUAAUUUAUGAGCAGAUAGAAACUGCACAUGUCCGCUAGUUUGAAGUGUUAUUAAUCCAUAUGGGCUGCAGCUAUACCUCCCAAUUGGCAGGAGUCCAUCUGAUGCUGGGCCACCUUGUUAUCUAAUUUAAAAAAAAAAAAUGUUUGAAUCCACUGAAGUAAAAAUAUCAAUGCCAUCGGUGCAAGUAUUUCAAAAUAAAACUCAUGCAUAAAUGAUUACUGUUAUAAUGAAGCAAUGAACCCACCUGAUAUUGGAUUUAGAUAUAUGUCUAUUGUAUACUUAAGUAAUAAAUAUCAAUGCCAUUGGUGCAAGUAUUUCAAAAUAAAACUCAUGCAUAAAUGAUUACUGUUAUAAUGAAGCAAUGAACCCACCUGAUAUUGGAUUUAGAUAUAUGUUUAUUGUUUACUUAAGUAAAAAAUAUCAAUGCCAUCGGUGUAAGUAUUUCAAAAUAAAACUCAUGCAUAAAUGAUUACUGUUAUAAUGAAGCAAUGAACCCACCUGAUAUUGGAUUUAGAUAUAUGUUUAUUGUUUACUUAAGUAAAAAAUAUCAAUGCCAUUGGUGCAAGUAUUU